AGCCAGCUCAGGAGGAUGAACCUGAGAAGCAGAAAGACAAGCGCCUCUACCAGCCUCCACAACUACGCCAAUACGCUUACAACGACGAAACGAUUUUUUGGCACCCCAACCACAUCAUACACGAGCUCUAGAAGCCCCUCAAGGUGCUGGCCGUUACUCUUUUGGUGGUGCACAGAGAAUUCUAUCGGAGCCGAAAUGGAAGGUCACGGACAUCAUCGUACCCCUUCCAAAAGAAAAAGUGGAAAGAGUGUCAUAUCUGAGCUAUUCGAGAGCGCAGAAAAUCAGCACUUAUAACUCCAGACCCUAUUUUUGGUGGUCAAGUUCCCGGUUUCAGCACGAGGCUACUCUCUACGCCUUCCCCUGCUACGGUAUCGUCUUU